AUGGAUUAUAGUCCUAACAGUUGUUUGAAUCCAUCAUAUGAGGGUUUUGUAAACCCAAGUGGAACCACAGGUUUCGAAGCCUCCACCUCCUCCUUCACGUCUCAUCUCUUCAUCUCUCUACGCCUUUACUCUUUGUCACUUCUACCUCUGCCUCAUCCUUCAUGUCUCAUCUCUUCGUCUCUCUACGUCGUUUCUCUUUGUCAUCUCCGUCUCCUCCUUGUGAUUUCAGCUCUAAAUAGGAAGACUGAAAGAUUCUCUGAGGUUACUAUUACCUUAUGGAUGCUGGUUACACAAAUUGAGAAGGAUUUCUUGCACCCUAUAGAGGAACGAGAUAUUACUUAUCAGAAUGGAGAGAAGGAUGUGCACCCUUGA